AAUGAAUCCAGUCUGGCCUGGCUCCAAAGGUCAACAAAGAUGGCGACAACGAUGUCACGAAAAAUAAUAUCUUCUUUUACUUCUCCAAAAAGUUACAUUUUCUGUGUUUUGCCUCGACUAACAAGUGAAAGGAUCAUAAGACCACGAAGGCAUGUAUCAAAUCUCGCUAAACUUCCUGAAACGCACGAAAUGCUUAGGAAAACAUGUCGGGAUUUCGCAGAUAAUGAACUCGUCCCUAUUGCCGCGAGUCUGGAUAAAGAGCACAAAUACCCAGGGGAGCAGGUCAAACAAAUUGGACAACUGGGCCUGUUGUCAAUGGAAGUUCCAGAAUCAUUAGGAGGUUCAGGAUUGGAUUAUCUGGCAUAUGCCAUAGCAAUGGAAGAAAUCAGCCGGGGCUGUGCGUCAACAGGAGUCAUAAUGAGUGUAAAUAAUUCUCUUUACCUUGGUCCUAUACUAAAGUAUGGAACAGAUGAGCAGAAGAGAAAGUGGGUGACACCUUUUUGCUCUGGUGAAAGAAUUGGCUGCUUUGCUCUCAGUGAACCAGACAAUGGUAGUGAUGCUGGUGCUGCUAAGACCACUGCUAAGUUAGAAGGAGAUCACUGGGUUUUAAAUGGAACAAAAUCUUGGAUCACUAAUGGCUAUGAAGCUGAUGCAUCAGUAGUGUUUGCAACAACUGACAGGUCAAAGAAACACAAGGGAAUUAGUGCAUUUAUUGUACCAAAACCCACUGAAGGGCUGACACUGGGAAAGAAAGAAGAUAAGCUGGGAAUAAGAGCUUCUUCUACAUGCUCUCUUAUUUUUGAAAACUGUUGCAUUCCAAAAGAAAAUCUUCUAGGAGAGCCAGGUUUUGGUUUCAAGAUAGCAAUGGGCACACUUGAUGGAGGACGUAUUGGUAUAGCAGGUCAAGCAUUAGGCAUAGCUCAGGCUGCCUUGGAUUGUGCCAUUGACUAUGCACAAAAUAGAUCUGCCUUUGGUCAGCCAAUUGCUAGCCUUCAAACAAUUCAGAUGAAGCUGGCAGAUAUGGAAGUUAAGUUACAAAGUGCAAGGCUACUGACUUGGAAAGCCGCAAUGCUGAAAGAUGCAGGGGAGAACUUCAUUAAGGUACUAUGCAUGAGUAAAGUUGAUUUGAGUCAUCAGUGCAUCCAAAUCCUUGGUGGUAUGGGAUAUGUCACUGACAUGCCAGCUGAGAGGUACUACAGGGAUGCCAGAAUCACCGAGAUUUAUGAAGGAACAAGUGAAAUUCAAAGACUUGUAGUUGCUGGAAGACUUUUAAAAGAAUAUAGCCAGUGAUAAUUUUAAUCUUGAAAUCCUUGCUAGACUUGGUGUCGCAUUUUAUUUAUGCAUGCCUCAAACCUAAAUUGUACAUGAAGUUUCUCAAACUUGACGACAGUGUUAUUGACAAACCAGCUAAGUGGGAUUUUCAUUUUGAGGUGCCAAAAUUUCACUCUCGACUUACAACUUUAUAAAUCAAUGAAGAUGUUUGACCACAACAGACAUAGUUUUCAGAAACAGUUUUGGAUAUCUUCUUUUAAAGAAUGCGGUAUAAUGUAUUGUAGUUUACAGAUUAAUGAUUGAGCAAAGAACUUCGAAUGUACGGCAAUUUAGUUGUCACUAAUAGAACUGUCACUGACAGAUCAGAGGAUGGCAACUGUAUUGCAGACAAUUAGGAUGGUGCCAUAGUAUAAUAUUUCGAAAGCAAACACCAGUUGAGAUACAUGUAUUUUAUGUAAAAAAUAUUUGGUUCAAUGAUGUACAUAUACAGUUCCAUCCUAAUGUAAUUGUUUAUGUACACUUCACAAAUAAAACACAUGUAAAUAACUA